CUCAGUGUGAUCCUGAAGGACAGUGAGCUGCUGUCAGUCAGUCUCAGGUGAGCCUGCUGCUCAGACUUUCCCUACACUGACUCUGGGACUGACAAAGGAUGGUCAUGAAGAUAACCUGACGUGUGUGGAGUGCCAACGCCCAUUCUUUUUUGGGAGGAUUUUUGGUGGAGUGGUCUCUAAACAGUGGGAGUCAUGACAGACCUGUGGCUGAUUUCUGUCCCACUGGAUAAGACCAGUUUAACCAAUGUAGAGAAACUCAAACGCACUAUUGCCAAAACAAACCAAGCCUCCUGCUGCAAGUUCUCCAUUCCAGAUCUCAAGGUGGGAAUACUGGACAGUCUGCUCAGCGUGUCAGAUGAUCUCUCCAAGCUUGAUACGCUGACCGAAAGUGUGAUUAAAAAAACAUGUCAGUGUAUGAAGGAGGUGAUGGAGCAAUCCAAUGACAAAGUGCUGGAGAACGCUUUAGCCAAUGGAGUGGACCUGCUGAGCUAUGUGACAAAGUUUCAGUGGGAUAUGGGCAAGUAUCCCACAGCUCUGCCUCUUUCCAGCCUGGCAGAGCUUAUCAACAAGGAAGUUUCUCAGGUGGAGACAGAACUAAAAUCUCGAUCUGCAGCGUACAACAACGUGAAAAGCAGCCUUCAAAACCUUGAGCGAAAACAUCAGGGGACGUUGCACACUCGCAGUCUGAAUGAAAUAGUGAGGAAAGAGGACCUGGUAGUCUCUGAGUACCUCACUACUCUACUAGUGGUUGUGAACAGGGGGAGUUACAUACAGUGGGAGAGGACCUAUGAAUCUCUGUCAGAAUUUGUGGUUCCACGGUCCAGCAGGAAGCUCUAUGAGGAAAAAGAAGCAGGCGUCUUCUCAGUUACACUUUUCAAAAGAGCUGUGCAUCAAUUCAAAGCCAAAGCUGAGCAGAGCAAGUUCACUGUGCGUGAGUACUGCUUUGAUCUGGAGGAGCAAAAGCUGCAGGAGAUGAAGCAGCUCAGUGUUCACAAGAAGGACCAAUAUGGGAAGUUUGUGCAUUGGCUGAAGCGGAAUUUCAGUGAGGUAUUUGUUGCCUGGAUUCACUUGAAAGCACUGAGGGUGUUUGUGGAAUCAGUCCUCAGGUAUGGAUUACCAGUGAGGUUUCAGGCUCUUCUGCUGCAGACUGACAAGAAGCGCUCCAAGAAACUGAGAGAAGAACUUGCCUCGCUUUUCAUGCACCUGGAUCCCAGUUUUGCUGUCAGCAAAACAGAUAUGACCUGUGACAUCCCAGGACUCAGUCAACAGGAGUACUUCUCCUACAUCUCCUUUCAUAUCAACACCAACAUGCUGGAGAUCAGCUAGCAAUCAGCCGUUUAGAGGAGCAUCGAAGACAUGUGCUGAUCAGACAGUGGCUUAUUCUCAGCUCUAAACUUAUACUUAUGAAUUAUGUCCUUCAGUAUCUCAGUUUUCAACAUU